UCCUGUAAAUAUGGGUAAAUCAUCGCUUCACAUCGCAAUGUACCCUUGGUUUGCUAUUGGCCACAUUACCCCAUUUCUCUACCUUUCAAACAAACUUGCCGAGAAAGGCCAUACAAUCUCCUUCUUCAUCCCCACCAACACUGGCAACACACAAGCAAAGCUACAACAUUUGAAUCUCUACCCGGAUCACAUAACCUUUGUCCCCAUCACUGUUCCUCAUGUUGAUGGCCUCCCUCCCGACGCUGAGACAACUUUAGAUUUGCCAUCCUCUUUAUUUUCACACCUUAUGACUGCCAUGGACCAGACUGAGUCUCAUAUUGAACUUCUCCUACGUGACCUUAAACCAGACAUUGUCUUUUAUGAUUUGGCUUGUUGGGUGCCAAAAUUGACGCGAAAAUUAAGAAUCAAGUCAAUUUAUUACUGCGUUAUCACUACAGCUCCAGUGGGUUACGCUUUGGUCCCUGCAAGGCAACGCAAUGGCUACCAUUCAGAGACUGACUUUAUGCAGCCCCCGUCUGGGUUCCCAGUAUCCUCCAUCGCGCUCCAUGUCCACGAAGCUCGACUCUUUAAUGCGAUGUUAAACAAUAAGUUUGGCAGCGAUGUCCUUUUUAUUGAUCGUCUGUUUGCAAGCUCAGAUGAGGCUGACGCGCUAGGGUACUGGGCAUGUAGAGAAAUUGAGGGGCCUUGUAUUGACUAUCUUGUGAGCCAGUUUGAGAAGCCCGUGCUUGUUUCAGGUCCAAUUCUAGUAGAGCCACCGGCCUCUACUCUAGAAGAAAAAUGGGUUGAAUGGCUAGGGAGUUUCAAGGCCGGCUCAGUAAUUUACUGUGCAUUGGGAAGUGAGAUCAAGUUAACGAAAGACCAAUUCCAGGAAUUGGUAUUGGGUUUUGAGCUUUGCAGUUUGCCAUUUAUUGCAGCCCUUAAGCCACCCAUCGGGGCUGAGUCUGUUGAAGCGGCGCUACCAGAAGGGUUCGAAGUACGGAUUAAAGGAAAAGGACUCGUAGAUGGUGGAUGGGUUCCACAACGAUUGAUUUUAGGCCACCCGUCAAUUGGGUGCUUUGUCACACACUGUGGCUCAGGUUCUCUGUUGGAAGCACUAAGGAGUGAGUGUCAACUGGUAACGUUACCACAGAUACCUGAUCAAAUUAUCAAUGCGAGGAUGAUGGCCAACAAUUGGAAGGUUGGUGUAGAAAUCGAGAAAGGGGAAGAAGAUGGCUUGUUCACCAAGGGAAGCGUAUGCAAGGCUGUGAGGAGUGUGAUGGAGGUUGACAGUGAGGUUGGGAGGCUGGUCAGAGCCAAUCACUCUAAACUAAGAGGGCUCUUGCUCAGCGAAGAUUUACAAUCAUCAUAUAUUGACAAUUUCUGCCAGAAGCUUACAGAUUUGGUUGCAUAAUAUCUCUGUACCUGGGUAUGGCUAUGUUACAUGUCUAG